UGUCUCCUCUCUCUCUCUCUCCCCUUCUUUUACUUUUUUCUGACUCAUCUUCUCUUCACUCUCUCCUCUCUCUCUCUCUCUCUCUCUACACACGGAGUGUCAAUGGCGUCUCUCUUCCGAGACCGGACCCUCGGCCACUCCAAGAGAGACUCAUUCUCUUCCUCAUCCUCCACCACCACCACUGCCGCCACCACUGCCUCUCCUUCCUCCGCCACCUCCCGCUUCACCCCUACCAUCACCCCCACCGCUUUAUCCCCAGUCCCCUCCCCCUUCGGCGACCUCACCCCCACUCUCUCCGACACCGAUCUCCGCUCCUCUGCCUACGAGAUCUUCCUAUCCGCCAACCGUUCUUCCUCCUCCAGACCCCUCACCUACAUUUCCAACACCAAUCAUAACAGUUCACCUACCAACACUAGUACUAAUGGCAAUUCUACUGCUACUCUCCAGAAGUCAUUGACCUCGGCAGCGGCGUCCAAGAUGAAGAAGGCGUUGGGGCUGAGAUCCAGUAGUUCUAGACGGAGUUCCGAUUCGAAUAAUCCGGUUGCCGGUGGGAAAACGAAGAGGCCGGUGACCAUAGGGGAGCUUAUGAGAGUGCAGAUGAGGGUCUCGGAGGCCUCAGAUUCGAGGAUUCGUAGGGGUUUAUUGAGGAUUUCUGCUGGCCAGGUUGGCAGAAGAACGGAGUCAAUGAUUCUUCCGCUAGAGCUAUUGCAACAAUUCAAAGCUUCAGAUUUUACUGAUCAAGAAGAAUAUGAAGCAUGGCAGAAGAGAAACCUUAGAAUGCUUGAGGCUGGUCUCCUUCUGCACCCUCACAUGCCACUGGAAAAGGCUAAUACUGCUGCUCAACGAUUGCGCCAAAUUAUUCAUGCAGCCUUGGACCGACCAAUAGAGACUGGGAGGAAUAACGAGUCAAUGCAAGUCCUUCGUACUACAGUGAUGGCACUUGCAAGCAGGACAUCUGAUGGAGCUGUGCUUGAAUCCUGCCAUUGGGCAGAUGGUUUUCCGUUGAAUCUCCGUCUCUAUGAAAUGCUUCUGGAAGCAUGCUUCGAUAUUAAUGACGAGACAUCCAUUGUAGAGGAAGUUGAUGAGCUUAUGGAACUCAUAAAGAAAACAUGGGGAAUCCUUGGACUGAAUCAAAUGUUACAUAAUCUAUGCUUUACAUGGGUUCUGUUCAACCGUUAUGUUGCUACGGGGCAAGUUGAGAUUGAUCUAUUAUAUGCUGCUGACAGUCAACUCUCUGAAGUAGCCAAAGAUGUGAAAAUGACAAAAGAUCCAGCUUAUUCCAAGAUUUUGAGUUCUACAUUGACUGCCAUGUUGGGUUGGGCUGAGAAAAGACUCCUGGCUUAUCAUGAAACAUUCGACAGUGGAAAUAUUGAUUCCAUGCAAAGCAUUGUGUCUGUCGGGGUAUUGGCUGCUAAGAUCUUAGUCGAAGAUAUAUCAAAUGAGUACCGCCGGAGAAGAAAAACUGAAGUUGAUGUGGCUCUUAGCAGGAUCGACACUUAUAUUAGGUCAUCGCUCCGCACUGCAUUUGCUCAGAGAAUGGAAAAGGCUGAUUCAAGCAGAAGAGCAUCAAGAAACCAGCCAAAUCCCCUUCCCGUCCUUGCCAUCCUUGCCAAGGAUGUUGGUGAGCUUGCAAUCAAGGAGAAGGACAUGUUUAGUCCUAUCUUGAAGAGAUGGCACCCCUUUGCCGCAGGUGUUGCUGUUGCCACUCUACAUGCAUGCUACGGGAAUGAGCUGAAGCAAUUUAUUUCAGGCAUUACAGAGUUGACACCAGAUGCUGUGCAAAUAUUAAGAGCCGCAGAUAAGUUGGAAAAAGACCUUGUCCAAAUUGCUGUUGAAGAUUCAGUGGAUAGUGAUGAUGGUGGGAAGGCCAUAAUUCGCGAGAUGCCUCCUUAUGAAGCUGAAGGUGCGAUAGCCAACUUGGUAAAAGUAUGGAUAAAGACAAGACUAGACAGGCUAAAGGAAUGGGUUGACAGAAAUCUUCAACAAGAGGUCUGGAAUCCAAGAGCUAAUCAAGAGGGAUGUGCUCCUUCAGCUGUAGAGGUUUUGCGAAUAGUUGAUGAGACCUUGGAGGCAUUCUUUCUGCUGCCAAUACCAAUGCAUCCCGCGUUGCUUCCGGACUUGGUCGUCGGCCUUGAUAAAUGUCUCCAAUAUUAUAUAACUAAAGCAAAAUCUGGCUGUGGAUCAAGAAACAUGUAUAUUCCCACAAUGCCAGCAUUAACAAGAUGCACCACUGGGACAAAAUUUCAGUGGAAGAAGAAAGAGAAGUUGAUAACUUCUCAGAGAAGGAACCCUCAGGUUGCAACCGUCAAUGGAGAUAGCUCUUUUGGGUUGCCACAGCUAUGUGUACGUAUAAACUCAUUGCAUAAAAUACGGAUGGAGUUAGAAGUUCUUGAGAAAAGAAUAAUUACCCUGCUGCGGAACUCGGAAUCUGCCCAUGUAGAAGACUUUUCAAAUGUUUUGGGGAAAAAGUUCGAACUCACACCAGCUUCCUGCAUUGAAGCAGUUCAACAAUUGUCCGAAGGGGCUGCGUAUAAAAUUGUCUUCCAUGAUCUAAGCCAUGUUUUAUGGGAUUCGCUGUAUGUUGGCGAUCCUUCAUCUUCUAGAAUUGAGCCUUUCCUCCAGGAGCUUGAGCAUAAUCUGACUGUUGUAGCAGAUACUGUUCAUGAAAGAGUCCGUACUCGUAUUAUUGCAGACAUGAUGAGGGCUUCAUUUGAUGGCUUUUUGUUGGUUUUGCUUGCUGGUGGGCCAACACGUGCCUUUUCUCCACAGGACUCACAGAUAAUAGAGGAUGAUUUCAGGUCCCUGAAGGAUCUUUUCUGGGCAAAUGGAGAUGGAUUGCCAGAUGAUGUAAUCGAUAAAUUUUCAACCACGGCAAGAAAUGUGCUUCCACUUUUCCGAGCAGAUACAGAUAGCCUCAUCGAGCGGUUUAGACGCUUGACUUUGGAAGCAUAUGGCUCCUCUGCUAAAUCUCGACUUCCCUUACCUCCAACAUCUGGACAGUGGAACCCUACAGAACCCAACACGUUGUUGCGAGUUCUGUGUUACAGGAAUGAUGAAGCUGCUACAAAGUUUCUUAAGAAGACCUAUAACUUACCUAAGAAACUGUGACAGACAUCAUCAAAUUUGGUGCUGAUUGGUGAUGUAUUCUCCCAUAAGCGAGGAGAGUAACGGGGAUGUUCCUGUUUCCCAGCUCAUUUAUAUUCUACUGGCCUCGACCUAGCUAGCUUGCAGCAUUUUGUUGUACAGUUGCUCUUGUGAAACAUGGUGUUUUUCACACUCCUUGCUGCUUCUCCAGUCAGAGGAAUUCAAGGCUCAAGACUUGCAGGCUUGAGAGGGAGUUCCAGAGGGAAUCGCAUUAGUGUUUGUGUUAUUCGUCUAUAUAUCGAUUGAAUAUAUUUAGUGUUAGUUUUGUUAGAUUGAUUGAGAUAUUGAAUUCAUAGGAGGCCCAACCAUAUAUUCAUUUGUUCUUUUGUUGCUUUUCUUUUCUCCUCUUUUUACGAGAGUUUGGUUUGUCCCUUUGAUGUAGAGAGGUUCACUUAUCAAGUCCAUUACUUUCGUGUGCUCUAAAA